GCUUGUGGUCGACAUGCCUUCUCCCUUCACCCCUAAUACUCCCCUGAGAGUACUGAGUAGCCAUCGCACCAAAUGGUCAGUGUUAGCUCCCUCAACCGCAGGAGCGCAAAGGAAACAUUACAACAACCAACCCUAACGGGCCUUUCCUUCCACUGCUGCACUGCAUUUGCGAGCUAGCUGAUAAAUCAAGUGUACCUAUAGUGGCUACAGGUUGGACACUUGCAGUGAGAUGCGUGUGGUUGCGGUGUCGUCGCCGGUGAGGUGUGCCGAUGUGGAGGAGUGCCGUGGAAGCGCCGGCAUGGAGAUGGAGGAGAUUGGGCCGGUGUCGGACGACCUGGAUUUCGACUUCACGGUCGAUGAGAUAGACUUCGGGGACUUCUUCCUCAGACUAGAAGAUGGAGAUGCGCUGCCGGACCUUGAAGUCGAUCCUGGCGAGAUCUUCACCGACUUCGAGGCAAUCACCACCGGCAGCGAUGGUGUCAUGGACCAGGAGGUGCCCAGCGUCCAGCCCUUAGCAGAUGCGGUGCAGUUAGAUGCUGUAGAUCCAUGCAGUAGUGUUCUUGGCGAAGAGAAUACGACCCUCGUCGAUGUGGAAGAAGAGAAAGGAGAGUACUACUGCAACCAUGCUGAGGAUGUGGUAGCCGGGACUAAUGGUAACUUUGGGGGAGGCGGUGGAACCGUGUUGGCUGAGGAGAAGUCGCCGUCUUCUACGACAUCGUCAUCGCGGGAGGCUGAGAGCCGGCACAAGUCUACCACCAAGCACUCGCAAGGGAAGAAGAAAGCAAAGGUGGAUUGGACGCCAGAACUCCACCGGAGAUUUGUUCAAGCGGUAGAGCAGCUGGGCAUUGACAAGGCAGUGCCGUCGAGGAUACUCGAGAUCAUGGGGAUCGACUCCCUCACGCGGCAUAAUAUAGCGAGUCAUUUGCAGAAGUACCGGUCUCACAGGAAGCACAUGCUAGCAAGGGAGGCGGAGGCAGCGAGCUGGACCCAGCGACGGCAGAUGUACGCUGCCGGGGGAGCCCCUGCCGCCGCGAAAAGACCCGAUUAUUCCAACGCAUGGACUGUGCCAACCAUCGGCUUCCCUCCUCCUCCUCUGCCACCUCCUCCUCAUCCGAUGCAGCACUUCGGAAGACCGUUGCACGUCUGGGGCCACCCAACCCCUGGGGUGGAGUCGCCCCGCGUGCCAAUGUGGCCACGGCACCUCGUCCCGCGUGCCUCGACGCCGCCGUGGGCUCCUCCACCGUCUGACCCGGCGUUCUGGCACCACCCUUACAUGAGGGGGCCUGCACAUAUGCCGGGCCAGGUGGCUCCCUGCGUGGCAGUGCCAAUGCCAGCCGCGCGAUUUCCUGCUCCACCGGUGAGGGGUGUUUUGCCAUGUCCACCUCCAAUGUACAGACCUCUCGUUCCCCCAGCACUAGGAAGCAAGAGUCAGCAAGAUACGCAGCUCCAGCUACAGAUACAACCAUCAAGUGAGAGCAUAGAUGCAGCGAUCGGUGAUGUUUUAUCGAAACCAUGGCUGCCACUGCCCCUUGGCCUGAAGCCACCUUCAGUAGACAGUGUCAUGGGCGAGUUGCAGAGGCAAGGUGUAGCAGAUGUUCCUCCAGCUUGUGGAUGAUCUCUGCGAGAUGGAUGAUCGAGUCCUCCAUCAUAGCUGCUCGUCCCCUCAGUCCAACAAAAAGAAUUUGUCGACAUCCUUUUUUUUUCAUUUUCACGAACCAUCUAUAUGGAGUAUGGACAAUUCUCCUAACUUGUGCAUGGUUAGGAAAAAAGACUACAGCCUUCAACCUUUGUGAGAAAUUAAUUAACCUGAGGACAUCCAUGUCACUAUGCUGUGCUGUUUGUCAGAAUAAUGAAGUCCUGGAAACUCUACCUCCGAUUUUCA